AUGGCAACAGGUCUUGAUUUUCCGCCAAUGUUCCUAUUACCAACACAUCUGAGCCCAGAUCGUCUUCAUGAACUGGAGGAGAAGAUACCGAAUUUGACCUUCGACAUUCAUGAGGCUGUAAUCAUACUCGGCAACAUUUUCAAGAAGGAGAGGGCCCUGUUUGAGCUAAGGCACAUGAAAGUGCACACAGAACCGGUUGGCACAACGAAUACAGAAUCACAGGUUCCAAUAUCUCAGAAAACCCAGUGGAGUACGCUCAUGAGCGAUAGUGACUCAAGCGUGUACACACAGGAUGGUGACAGGAAGGAACCAAGCCGGUUGAGAAGCCCACGACUGUUGUCUGGGCCCAGUAAACCCAACGACCCCCAUAUUAUUAAAGUCGUCAACCUCGCCUGGCUCAUUGAGUCUCUUGAAGCGGGUGAAAUCCUGCCUUUGCACCACUACCUUAUAUACGAAGGCCGGAAGAAAGAUACCCAUCAAAAGCCGACUGUUAUUAAGGGCAGUGAUAUUCUAACUCGUGCCGCAGUCGACGCAUCGAUACAGGCUCAGCAAUCCACCGAACCAAGGCCUCGAAUGGCCAUAUCCUCCGUGAAUGCUUAUCGGACGGUACCUUCACUGACCAGACAAACAACAUCAGAGCAUGAGUCGGCUUUGGAACUCCCGCUUAUACCGUCUUAUCUCAGAACAACCUAUGCCUGCCAACGAGCCACACCCGCCGACCCUCUGAAUGCCGCGUUUGUCGAAGAGUUGAAGAAGAUACGAACCGUGCGAAAACUCACAGGGGACCAAAUAGGGGUAAGAGCAUACUCGACAUCGAUUGCGACGAUUUCAGCGUAUCCUCAUGUCAUAACCAAUCCGCAAGAGGUUGCCAGGUUACCAGGCUGUGGUGGUAAGAUUGCCGAGCUGUGGCAUGAAUGGAAAGAGAUCGGCACGCUACAUGAAGCGGACGAUAGUCUAGCAGACCCUAAGCUCUCUGUAAUGCACCUUUUCUAUGGCGUAUGGGGAGUUGGCGACGCAACAGCCCGGCAUUUCUAUCAGAAGGGAUGGCGAGAUUUAGACGAUGUGGUUGAGUAUGGUUGGGACAGUUUAACGCGAGUGCAGCAGAUUGGCGUUAAGUUCUAUGACGAUUUCAAGCUCAAAAUUCCACGACACGAGGUUGAGUCCAUCGCCAAUAUUAUCCUUAGUCACGCGCAGCGGUUCAGUCCUGACUUCCAAAUGGUCAUUGCCGGUGGUUAUCGGCGCGGCAAAAAGGGUAGCGGAGACGUAGACGUCAUCAUCAGCCAUCCGGAUGAAUCUGCGACGCUCAACUUCGUUGGAAAGCUCAUACUAAGCCUGGAAAAGAGUAAAUACAUUACUCACACGCUCACUUUGAGCAACCAUAACAGUGAGCGCGGCCAGCAACCUGUCAGUUGGAAGGGCAAUGAUUCAAAGGGCAGUGGUUUCGACACUUUGGAUAAGGCACUUGUCGUGUGGCAGCAACCGGGCACAAGUGAUCAAUGCGAGUCUACCGGAUCAAAGUCAACUGUUCAGGCUAGUCAAAGACCGCAUCGACGAGUAGAUAUUAUCCUGAGCCCUUGGAAGACAGUUGGCUGUGCUUUACUGGGUUGGAGCGGAGACACCACUUUCCAACGAGACCUUCGCCGCUAUUGCAAGAAACAGAAAAAUUUGAAAUUUGAUAGUAGCGGCAUCCGUAAUCGGCUUGAUGGUUGCUGGGUAGACUUUGAGGGUAAUGGAAAGGCUUCGGAUAUGCUGACAGCGGAGAAGAGAGUUUUUGAGGGUCUUGGGUUAGACUGGAUUCCCCCAGAAGAUAGGUGUACAGGAUAA